CCACCUCCCCCGCAUUUCCCACUCCCACUUGCAGCCUCCCCCACACCCACCACUCCGCCCCGCGCAAUUCCCAAAUCUCUCAGGGGCCUCUCCGCUUACCUCCCCCGCCUCGCGAUCCCAUCGCCUCCGCCUCGACCCGACCCGAGUCUCGCUUCGUCGCGGAGCGCCACCACCACGCCUCGCCGCCGCCGCCGCCGCCGCCGGCGGAGCGGCCAAAGCAUAGAGGGUUAUCUCCGGCUGAUGGCGGCUGCGUCGGCCGCCGCAAGCUCCACCGUCUCCUAGGGCGGCGGUUACCUGAGGCUGAGCUCGUGCGCGCGCGUGGGGGGAAGAUCCCCGUGCUCAGCUCGCGAAACCCUAGGGGCAGCAGGAGGCGAAGCUUGGCCCGGUCGCGAUGGACGUGGACUCGCGCAUGGCGACCGAGUCCGACUCCGACUCCGACGCGCGCGGCGGCGGCGGAGGCGGCGGCGGCGGGUCAGGGUCCGGGAGCGAGACCCCCACGGCGUCCCCGUCCCCGUCCCAGUCCCCAUCCGCGUCCCCGUCGCCGUCCGCGCCCGGGACACCCACGGCCGCGGCUCCGGCCGCGUCUCCGGGGCCGGUGGCGGGGCCCAGGCCGGCGCCGGGUUACACGGUGGUGGACGCCGCGAUGGACAAGAAGGAGGACGGGCCGGGGUGCCGGUGCGGCCACACGCUCACGGCAGUGCCGGCAGUCGGGGAGGAAGGCUCGCCCGGGUAUGUGGGCCCCCGCCUGAUACUCUUUGGUGGUGCCACCGCUCUUGAGGGCAACUCUGCCACGCCGCCCUCGUCGGCUGGGAGCGCCGGGAUCCGUCUUGCUGGUGCCACCGCAGAUGUCCAUUGUUAUGAUGUGUUGUCAAAUAAGUGGACCAGGCUUACUCCACUUGGUGAACCUCCUUCACCAAGAGCUGCACAUGUAGCCACUGCUGUUGGGACCAUGGUGGUCAUUCAGGGUGGAAUUGGCCCUGCUGGCUUAUCUGCUGAGGACCUUCAUGUUUUGGAUCUUACACAACAACGACCGCGAUGGCAUAGAGUGGUGGUUCAAGGUCCUGGUCCUGGUCCACGGUAUGGACAUGUGAUGGCUUUGGUUGGGCAGCGAUUCUUAUUGACAAUUGGUGGCAAUGAUGGAAAACGGCCCCUGGCAGAUGUAUGGGCCCUUGAUACUGCGGCUAAGCCAUAUGAGUGGAGAAAACUUGAGCCAGAAGGUGAAGGGCCACCACCAUGCAUGUAUGCAACUGCUAGUGCCCGUUCUGAUGGCCUCCUUUUGCUUUGUGGUGGAAGGGAUGCCAAUAGUGUGCCCCUAUCAAGUGCAUAUGGGCUCGCUAAGCAUAGAGAUGGGCGUUGGGAGUGGGCAAUUGCACCUGGUGUGUCUCCAUCACCCAGAUACCAACAUGCAGCUGUUUUUGUCAAUGCACGGCUUCAUGUCUCAGGAGGUGCUCUCGGGGGUGGUCGCAUGGUAGAAGACUCCUCAAGCGUUGCAGUAUUGGACACUGCUGCUGGAGUUUGGUGUGAUACCAAAUCAGUAGUUACAACUCCAAGGACAGGAAGAUAUAGUGCAGACGCAGCAGGCGGUGAUGCUUCUGUAGAGCUUACACGGCGGUGCAGGCAUGCAGCUGCCGCUGUUGGUGAUUUGAUAUUUGUUUAUGGAGGUUUACGGGGAGGUGUGCUGCUAGAUGACCUCCUAGUUGCUGAAGAUCUUGCUGCUGCUGAAACAACCAGUGCAGCUAAUCAUGCAGCAGCAGCUGCUGCAUCCGCAAAUGUACAAAGAGAACCUGGUAGAUAUGCCUACAAUGAUGAUCAAUCAGGACAAACAGUUACUGUUUCAAGUCCUGAUGGAGCUGUUGUUCUUGGGACUCCAGUUGCUCCUCCGGUCAAUGGAGACAUGUAUACUGAUAUUAGUCCUGAGAAUGCCAUUAUACAGGGACAGAGAAGAUUGAGCAAAGGUGUUGAUUAUUUGGUUGAAGCAUCAGCUGCAGAGGCUGAGGCAAUCAGUGCUACUCUAGCUGCUGUAAAGGCUAGGCAAGUUAACGGAGAGAUGGAGCAUUCGCCUGACAGGGAACAGUCUCCAGAUGCUGCACCAAGUACCAAGCAAAAUUCAAGCCUCAUAAAACCAGAUGCUGCUCUUGUGAACAAUUCAACACCACCUCCUGGGGUUCGGUUGCACCAUAGAGCAGUUGUGGUUGCAGCAGAAACUGGAGGUGCCUUAGGUGGCAUGGUUAGGCAGCUGUCGAUUGACCAGUUUGAGAAUGAAGGUAGAAGGGUCAUUUAUGGCACCCCUGAGAAUGCAACUGCGGCAAGGAAAUUACUAGAUCGGCAAAUGUCUAUUAAUAGUGUGCCCAAAAAGGUAAUUGCUUCUCUUCUGAAACCUCGUGGUUGGAAGCCCCCUGUGCGAAGGCAGUUCUUUCUUGAUUGCAAUGAGAUUGCAGAUCUAUGUGAUAGUGCUGAAAGAAUAUUUUCAAGUGAACCUAGCGUCUUACAGCUUAAAGCUCCCAUUAAGAUAUUUGGUGAUCUGCAUGGUCAAUUUGGUGAUCUCAUGCGCUUAUUUGAUGAAUACGGUGCUCCUUCAACAGCUGGAGACAUUGCUUACAUUGAUUAUCUUUUCUUGGGAGAUUAUGUCGAUCGUGGUCAGCAUAGUCUGGAGACAAUCAGUCUUCUCCUUGCACUGAAGGUUGAAUAUCCUCAUAAUGUACAUUUAAUUCGAGGGAAUCAUGAAGCAGCGGAUAUCAAUGCUCUUUUUGGGUUCCGAAUAGAGUGCAUAGAGAGAAUGGGUGAGCGGGAUGGUAUCUGGACCUGGCAUCGUGUGAACAGGUUAUUUAAUUGGCUUCCUUUGGCUGCCCUAAUAGAAAAGAAGAUAAUUUGUAUGCAUGGUGGUAUUGGUCGGUCCAUCAACCAUAUAGAGCAAAUUGAAAAUCUUCAAAGACCAAUUACCAUGGAAGCUGGCUCAGUUGUUCUGAUGGAUCUUCUAUGGUCUGAUCCAACUGAGAAUGACAGCGUAGAGGGACUCAGGCCAAAUGCACGGGGCCCUGGUCUUGUUACCUUUGGGCCUGAUAGAGUUAUGGAGUUCUGCAACAACAAUGACCUGCAGUUGAUUGUGCGAGCACAUGAGUGUGUGAUGGAUGGCUUUGAGCGUUUCGCUCAAGGUCACUUGAUCACUCUUUUCUCGGCUACAAAUUACUGUGGAACGGCAAACAACGCAGGUGCAAUCUUAGUUCUCGGAAGGGAUCUGGUGGUUGUUCCAAAACUCAUCCAUCCUUUGCCGCCUGCCAUUACAUCACCUGAGACAUCUCCGGAGCAUCAUAUUGAGGACACAUGGAUGCAGGAGUUGAAUGCCAACAGACCGCCAACACCAACCAGGGGCCGCCCUCAAGCACCCAACAAUGACCGAGGCUCCCUUGCCUGGAUAUAGCAGCCUGGCCGUACUAUGAAACAAUUGAUUUCUUGCCUCCCACCAGUGGCUUGAGGCUAUACUAUCCAUCCAUCCUGGGCACAUGCAGGCGGUCUGUGCUGGAAGCACAUGCUAGCCCAAAACAACGUCGAAAGGGAACUGUUCAGGGAGCGAGACUAAGCGGUGCUCUGAAGACGAAGGCCAGAAGAGAUUCACCAAUCACCGCAGACAGCGCUCCUCAAAUCCUUUUCCCAAACAUGAGAAGUAGAAGAACAGAAUGAAGUGUCGGUAAACCACAGGGUCUUGCCUGAGAUCGCGCCUGUACAUACUCAGAUGCCAGCAGAUAGGCGGGGGGUUGUGUAUGUGUUAAUUUUUGUUGAGCGUCAAAGGGGAUAGCAGCGUCCAUUGUACUAGGUAUUCAUUUGCUGUAGAUUUUUUGUUUGUCUCUCGUGUUGCAAAGUAUGGAGUGGGAAAAUGGGUUUACUUAUGUCGGGUCUUGUAUAAUAGUGUUGUCGCCUGUUUAUGUUAGCAGUGAGUUAGCUGUCAGCACACCUUACACCUCCCUCCUGUUGUAAUUCUCGUCACCAGUGCUGAGAAUGUGUACAAUA